ACUAUUUCCGAUUUCUAUAGUUCACUGUUGAUAAAAUUUUUGCCUACUACUAUCAACCAAUAAUAGUUACUGUCACAAAAUAAAUUAUGGAACGUUUUCCUCGAACAUUAUGUAACUUAAAUCUAUGUAAACGUUGCACAUGCUUUGUACAGUUUCGUCGAUCUCUUCAUCAAUUUUUUACAGAACGGCCCAAAACAAUUGCUGCUUCAUCAAGUCACUCACCGCCCUUGCCCUUGUGCUUUACAACUUGUUUUAAAUUGAAUUUAUCAUUUAAUACAACACUCUCACUGACAGGUAUAGUGAGGAGGGCUUCGCAUGUACAUGCCCGUUACCUCUGGGUUCAUACUCACAAAAAUCGUGAACAGGUAUUAUGACAAGCUGCAGACUUAACAAAUAUUAUCUCCCUAGCCCUAUAGUCAUAUACUACUAUACUUUAAAUUUUAAAAUUAAACCUGAAUAAACAUAUAACAGUCCUCGUUCACAUUCUCAUUCAUACUGAUUCAUAGUAUUAGUAAUCAUUGUUAGAUUUAGCAAUGCUAUACUAUGUCUAACACAAGGCACAAGGAAAGUUUACAUCUCUGUUCAGCUUGAUGUCUAGAUUUUUAAUGACUCACCAUAGCCCUCGUUCACAUUCUCAUUCAUACUGAUUCAUAGUAUAUUAGUAUUAGUAUUAGUAAUCAUUCUUAGAUUUAGUUUAGCAAUGCUAUACUAUGUCUAACACAAGGAAAAUUUACAUCUCUGUUCAGCUUGAUGUCUAGAUUUUUAAUGACUAAGAUGAGAUAAGAUUCUUUUAUUGAUCCAAACAAAUUGAAAUGUGUUAUGAUUGCAUUCAUUGUACAUUUUCAGCACAUAAAUAAAACAAUUUGAACUCAAGACAUUUAUAAAAAAUUAUUUCACUAGUAAAAAAAGAAAGAAAAAAAGCCAUUCAGUGAGUUUUCUUAGCAAUAUCAGGGACUUAUUAAUUAUCAUUAAGAUUUGGUUUCAUGGGGAGCACGCUGGUAAAUUCGUAAAGGUAAAAUAGCUACAGGUAAAAAAAACAUAGCCUCUCACAUCUCAACUCAAGAGUCACUGGCCUAAUGUAUUGACAACAAAGGGGAUGCAACUGGAACAAUAAAACAAUGACAUCACAACAUCCCCCUCUGUCACGAAAGAGGGGGCAGAUCAUAACAUUGACCAUAAUACAUAUAAUAAGCUCACGAUAACUUAAUUAAUACACUGUCUUUCACAAAUUAUAAAGCCUUUCAUUCUUGUAGUCUUCAUUUCCCGCCCUGAUCAGGUUCUUUGUAUGUUCUUGUAUGCUUGCUGAUGUGACUCAGGUUCAGGUUUAUCUGGUACCUCGGGGAUGCCUGAUGUCAUGAUACUAUCAGAAUUUGUAUUGGGUGUGUCAGUGUGUGCAUAUGGUAGAGGGGCCUCCAGCUGGUCCCCAGGAUGUUGAGGCUCUGGAACUCUAUGAGAUGCAGUAGCAGUCUGAUCAUCCAUUAGUACAACUCUUCUUAGAUGAGAUCGAUUGCAACAAUAAAUACCACCCCCCGAUGCAAAUUCAUAUGACUUUUUAUCAAGUUUGCUAGUGACAACUCCUUUUUCCCAUCUCUUAUUGCCUCGUGAGUAUGGUUUAAGUCUCAACGCAUCCCGCUCUUAAAGGAGUGGUAAAUCCUUAGCCUGUGUAUUGUAAUAGGUUGCUGAUCUCAUCUGCUUUUCUCUAAGUAUUGAUCUCUGUUUCUCGAGAUCAGUCAUGUGUGGCUUUAAUUUUAAUAGGCUUUGGGCUAUUGGUAGCAGUGUUCUGGUUCUUCUAUUGGAAAAAAUCCUUAUUUUUAAUAUCUUGGCCCAGGCCAGUGCCAAUAAAAAAAUGAUCAAUUACUAAAUUAAACACUACUUAGUUAAGCUUCUUACUACUUAGUAGUAGCAUGCAUAAGCUAGUGGGAUAGGCAGACAGUUAAAUCAUUGCAUUAGUUAUUAGGUUAUUAGGCCUUUUACUUUUAUGAGUCAUUUUUUUUUUUUUUACAUUUUAAUUAUAUUUUUGUAACUAUUGAAACUUAGUUUAAAUUAAUUACAAAAUAAAUGCCUCCCCUCAUUGGAUCUUUAAAUGUUCACCAGUCAAAGUGUUACAUUUUUUGGAUGUUUUUCAUUACAGAGAAUCCAGUUUCACUGAUGUAGGGUGCUUCCAAAAAACAUAGUCACAUUUUGUUACUGGUACAACAUUUCCAUAGUUGUGGAAAUUCAUCAGAAGAAACAUGACGUCAUCCAAAAUUUAUUUGGCCAUGUUUUCUUAUGUUUCUUUAUAAAAAAAUACUUUCAAGAAUCGUUCCUACUCUGACUUAAUUGUACUAACUUCAAACAAUCAUAACGUGUAUCCUGCUUUAUACUGAUACUCUGAUCUCUGAAUACCAGAUACUUGUCCCCAACGUCACUUCAACAAUAUAGAAUGGAGACACACUCUCCCAUACCUCGCUAGACUAUCUGUUUAAAUAACAAUGUGCCAUAAAUGGUUCACACUGCCCACCAUAGCCAUUCUAUUGUGACAACUUUAGUACCCCAGCUCCCAUUUCUAUUACUCUGAUCCGAAGACUUUCCCAGCAGUAGUUACAUAAAUGAACAAAUAGCUACACUAUAAGUUACUUUUGGUUUCUCUAUUCAUCUUCCCAAUGCCGCUAGUUAUUUUACCUGAUACCCUCACGAUGCCUCCCCUGUAUAAGCAACAGAAAUUAGGAGAAGAUUAUAUCCUAUUUUAUGUCGCCCAGGUUUCAAAAUGGUUGCACUGCAGUUGUGCUUAACAUUACUGAUUCAUGUCAAGCCAUUUGAUGGCUUAGCUUUUGUGACCUCCCCCUUUUCCAAGUUACAACUUCUUCUGUGCUCUCAUGCGAUUUCCCAACAAAACUGAAUCAAGGAAUGUGGUUUGAAAAUAUUUUUACCCUAAAAUGUUUUAUUUUUUAAACACAUCAUAAGAAUUUCUCUAGCUAUGACGGCCCAUUUAAAUCAGCUCAGGGGCAGCGGGUUGGACAGUAAUACUUUUAUAAUUAGAAACUUAUUUAGCCAAAUAAUUUUACAAAAAUUCAUAAUAACUCCUUUCAGCUGUGACUUUUUUCUUUUAUAUGUAUAUUACCAUGUUUGUGGUCCCUGAUAUAUAGAAGAAGAAUUGUAUUGAUUGUUUGGUCUUUUUUUGUUAUUGUUAAAUAAUUUGUGUCCAUUAUUUCAGAUUGGAUUAAAGCCUUUAUCACAACAACUUUUACAGAUUAAACUACCAGUGUUAUUAAAGAGACUAGCAACAGAUUCAACAAAUUCUAAAAAUAAACCGGAUGGAACUGUUCCUGUAGUAAGUAACACAUUUAUUGCUUAAGUUUGUUUCUUAAAUUUUAUAUCCUCAAUUUUUACCAGCUUAAAGAUAGCAUGUUAAAGAAAUCUUACAAUUUUAUAUUCUAUACUAGUUUUCAAAAUGUCGACUCAUAUUUUGUUUAUAUGAAAAUUAUAUGUAUAGAAAAAUAUCGGAAAUUUUUUCAAAACAUUCUGUGUUUUUUUUUACCUUACUGAGUAAAUUGAUGUUUUUACAAGUAUUUAAAAAAUGCUCAUGAUAAAUUGUUUAUAUUUGUUUUGUUUUACAGCCACUUUGGGCAAGGUUGCUCAUUGUCUCUUGUGUAGGUGGAGCAAUGUACUAUAUGUUUAGAAGUGCAGUUAAUGAAAAGGCAUUAGGUAAAAUAGUUUAAAUUUAAUUAAUUUAUGAAGAGAAAAUACAUUUCCAAGCUCUUUAUAUUUCUUUUAGGAGCUAGAGAUUAAGUAAUUCAUAAGUAUCAUACCCAUAAAUAGCUCUAAAAUAUUUCCAUUUUUUUUUAAAUUUACAUUCAUUUUGAAGAAUAUUUUACUAUUGAUUUGAUAUGAUUUGCAGAUAAUGAGGAGUUGAGAUACAAAGAAUUUGAUAAGAUUCAACUUGGAGGAGACUGGAAAUUGACAGAUCAUAAUGGAAAUCAACGAUCUAGUACAGAUUUUCGUGGUCAAUGGAUUAUCAUGUACAUGGGGUUCACACAUUGCCCAGACAUCUGUCCAGAAGAAAUGGAAAAGCUGGGACAGAUUGUAAAAAGUUUUGGUGAGUUGCACCGCAAAAUCUCUAUCUUUUUCUUUUGGAAUUUUUUAAGUAGACAUUAUUUUCAUUGGGUACAUAUGCUUCAGAGGUUUCAAAAAUAUGCUUGCCUUUUUAGCAUUAUUUUGUUUAAAACUUAAGUUUUAAAUAAACUUACUUCACAAUCCUCAUCUGUUUUUAAUAUCAAAAGAAUAAGAAAAUUACUAAACCUACUAUAGAGUUUAUAAACCUCUUGAAAUUAGGACAUUGACACUGGAAGAAAUAUAAAAUAAAGAUACUUUUUUUAAAAGUAGAUGUUACUAUAUACUUAUUACAUACAAAAGUGUAAACUUUUUAUAAUGCAACACAAAAACAUAUGAUCUAAUUGAACAUUUGAUUUAUGAAAAAAGUUAUUUUUCAAAUUUAUUCAGAUGACAAUCCAAAGAUGCCUCCAUUGCAGCCCCUGUUUAUAACACUUGAUCCAGAGAGAGAUACACCUACUGUCAUUAAAGAUUAUUUGCGAGGUAUUUGUACUUACACUUUUGGAUGAACUUUUUGUUUUUUAAAUAAAUACCACUUGUCUAAUAUUUGCCAGCUCUGUGGCACUGUGUUAAUGAAUGUCGCCUGCCUGUGGUUGGUUCAUAUUCUCCAUCCUAAUUCAUUCUUUGUUGGUCCAUAUAUUUUCCUGAGAACUUUUCUCACCCAUGUGUUUAAUAGGUUUUCUGCCAUUUUUGGUAGGGUCCAUGUUUCACUUGUGUAUGUUAGUUUUAAAUAAAGAUUUCUUUGUUUUUCUUGUAAUGCUUUCACUUUUGAGUAUUUUCUGACUACUGAAGUAUACCUGUUUCCUGCCAAUAGUUUCUUUUAGUUCUGCAAAUAAUUCUUUUUUUUUUCAUUUAAUAAAGAUCCUAGGUAUUUGAAUCAUUUACUUUUUCAAAAGUGUGUUUUCUAAUUUUAAUGGUUUCAUAUGUCUUUUCUUCUCUAAACUCUUUCACUGCAGAACAACGCACACUACGUUCAUCCGCCGUACUCAAAAGCACGGACCAACACGCUCUGCGUUGUUUCAAUAUCAUGUUUGUUUCUUUGCUAUUUCUCGGUUAAGCUUUUUAAGAGCUAUUUUUAAAGGCUGCGACUAUUCGCACCUGGGUAUGAGAAGUGAGAGGUUGGGAUUAAAAAACUAUUUAAAAUAUUAUUGUUGGGUUUGUAAGACAAAAUGAGGUAUCAGAUGAAAGAUAAUUGAAUGGACUAUCUCUACUAUUAGUUUGCUGAAAUCCUACUACUUUUUCUGCUGAUCUUUUCAAAGCAUUUUUUAUCCUCCUUUCCCUCUGUUCAUUUAGAUGCAAAACUAGAUGAGAAUUAUUCAUUUUCUAAAUAUUAUUAAUUUAACUAAAUUGUCUGGAUGUAAAAGUGAAUAAUUGGCAGGAGAUAUUAAAAAAAACAUGCAUUAAAAGCCAUAUUUUUCAAAGCCAUUUAAUGUAUUUUAAUUUUUCUCAUGUAUUUCAGAGUUUCCCUCACCACGAAUACUGGGCUUUACCGGGACGGAAGAUGAAAUCCGUGAAGUUGCAAAGAAGUUUCGAGCUUACUUUGGAAAAGGACCAAAAGACGAAGACAAUGAUUAUAUUGUAAGUAUUUUUUCUACCUUACAUACUAAAAAUAAUGUUCAAAAGUUAUGAUGUGUUUCAAAAUAAAACACUUUUUUUUUUCUUACAGCCCAUGGAAUAAUUUAUAUAUUUACGAUAUCAUAAAACUGUAAUUUAUAAUUUUAUAAAAAAAAAUUUAUUCUCAUGUCUCUGCAGGUGGACCAUACAAUCAUUAUCUAUCUCAUUAGCCCCAAGGGAGAUUUUGUGAAUUACUAUGGAAGAAACCGAACUGCUAAUGAAGUCAUACAGUCUGUCACUAAACACAUAGAAAAAUAUAAUGAGCUGGUCAAACUGGAAAAGAUAUGACCUAUGAAAAGUUAUCAUUAUGUCAUAUUUUAUUGCUAAACAUAUUUUAAAAUAAAUAUGUGUAAUAUUCUUCUAAAUAGUUGAAGAUUAGUGACUAUCUUUGACUAUACUAAAGCAAUUCUUCAUCUGUGCACGAACUCACUGGCUAAUUUUGCAAAUUUAUAUAAUGCUGUUUAUAGAUGUUACAGUUUAUUGUUAAUUUUAAAUUUCAAGUAUAAUAUAAAUAAAAUAAGUCUUGUAAUAAAAUGAUUCGAAUGUUUGAUUUUUUAUUUU